AUGGUAGUCUUUGGUGUCAAGAGUCGGUCGCUACCCACACACGGUGAAAAGACCGACAUAUCCCUCUCAUCGGCAGACGAAUCCUUUGAGGAAAAUAAAUCCGCCCCGGCUACUUCUGGGAGGGGGCAUUCGGAUGAGCACCACGUCACAUCAAAGUUCGUUGAGGCCAUGAAGAACCCCGACUGGCGCAGGCGACGCGAGGAUAACACGUCUUCUACGUCGACUCAAUCAGGAUUCACGGCAGCCGAAUCCAAUGGCUCCAAGCCAGAUAUGGAAUUUGCAAGACCCUGCUCAAAGGCUUCCUCGAGUGGCCACCAGAACCUCGGAAGGUUUGGGCCAUGGGAUCACAUUGCUUUCAGUCACUGGAAGUCUACCCAUGGGAGUUCCGAGCCUGAUGCUGAGCCUACGGAUAUAUCUGCAUCCGAUGUUAAGGACAAGGCUACCACGCAGGCAGAACAAUGGGGUCUAUGCGGUCUCGUCAGACAAAGAGAAUUAUCUGAUUGCCGAACAAACGGGAAACCUAUGAGCAUCAUUGAGCUUGUCCCCUUCUGCGCUGCAGAUGGUUCCAGAAGCCUGACCGAAGAGAUUCAUGAUGGAACAUUUUCCAACAUUGCGCACAUUCAACGUAUUGACAAGGAAAGUCGACCGUUACGCAAAACACCGCGAAAGAUGCCUCGCAACGAACAAGAACGGGAACUAGCCGCAGUACUAGCAGCAACUGAAGCUACGCCUCCUAGAAUGCACGCCAGAUCUUCGAAGUGUCAGCUUCAAAGCCAGCUCCGGCAGGAAACCUUAUCGGCGACACAAAAUCUGGAGAACACUACGCACUCCACGCUCAACAAAUCUGCAGUGACCCCUCUCGGCGACGCUCGACCUACAAGCGUGGGAGGUUCUCAUGGUCGUCCUGGUCCGCGAAAAGAGGUGUAUUUGGAAUCGGACUCUGAACAGAAACCUUCGAAGAAGAGGGAGUUAAGAGGAGAAGGUACCUCGGAUUCUGCAAUCGGUUCUGUGCAUACCGUCUUCACUCACGAAAAUGAAAGCUCCCGCGAUUCCGGAGUCUCCCUUAGGAACAGCACCAAACGGCUCAAUCCAAGGGCAAGAGAAUUUCUGUCGUUCAACGGACAGAGCGAAGAAGUGCCAGGGGAAAACCGCACUGUCAAGUUCCGGAGAACCCUUGUGGAUGGCCUCUUUCCGAAGCAAUGCGAGGACUAUAAAGGUAAAUUGAGCCUUAACCCGGGUGUCGCUGAUCAUGUAUCACCCUACGAUCCGUUUCCCGUCAUCUCCAACCAGCCACAGCACUGUGAGAUGACUACUCACUCGAAUACUGGCUUUGGAGAGGUUCCCUUUUCGAAUGUAUCUGCCUCAGCAUUUGGUCCUCUUUUUGGAUUUGCACCCCCGGCUGGCCCUGUGCUGCCUCCAACCUUUCGUCCUACAUCGGGGUUUGCACCACCGCUCAACCUUCCUCAUCCAAGUCUUGGACUUGAAAGCGGGUUUUCAGCCACGCCUCGAGGAUCCGUGGAUUUGUCCCCCUUGAAAUCGACACUACAGUCCUUUGUCAUGAACAUGAACAACCCAUUACCUCUCGCUGUCAAUGCCCAACCUCCCCUGCGAAUGCAGCCCCUGUCAUGUGGGACUCUGGGGAGGCUCGGCUCCCAACAGGGCCCUGUUCCCAAGCCGCGCAUUCCGGAUGCCAAAGACCAGCAAGCAUACGAGGCAUGGAUCGAGUGGCGCAAGGCUACCGAACCAGGCUAUGCCAUGGAGUGCAAGAACAGACAACAGCGACGAGCUCGACGGACCGUGGACAUCGCUGUUCCUGCGCAUGUCGUCUCAAAUGUUUGAUGAUAUGACUCGAGUAACUUCGCGUUAGGAAGCACGACCGGAAUUCUCAUUCUUUUGUAUCGAUGCUGAGAAAGACCGGUGCUUGAGUACGGCAAAGUGUUGUAUAAAGCGUUUUGGGG